AUGUACUACAAAGAAGAGAGGAUGCUAGCUAUGAUUGCCAAAUGUGACCAAGUCAAAUAUGGUAAUGUCUUCGACACCGUUGGGAUAAAUAAAUACAACAUUGAUCGCUACCAAUACAUAUAUGUUAGAAACAUAAUUAAUGAUGACACCCACAAUAAAGCUAGAAUCGAAGAAUCGAUACUCUUUGAACGUCUCCAUCGUGUGAAUGGGUUGCCCGAGAGUGAAAAGUCCAUGUUGGGUAUUCCCGCCUUGGCAAAUAAGCUUGUUCAGAUGCAAUUGGCAUUCAUAUUGAAAUGUCUUCCGGACAUUCUCAAGAAGAUCAAUGAGAGGCUCAAUGCUUUGAAUUUGGAGCUCAACCAAUUACCCAACAAUCUCAUGAGUGUUCCCGAAGUUAUGGCUACUUUCAUGCAUGUUAUUGGAUCCUUGAAAGAAAUUGUUCAAAAAAUGUUGAUACAAGGUGACUAUAAUGAGUAUGAGGACGAUAAACAAAUGCAUUUCAAUGCUCGUUUCCUUGUUGAGGAGAUCAAAGUUUUAGAGGAAACUAAUGGGAUAUGGUCAUCUAAUUUCCCUCCUCAUUCAUGUUUGCUUAGCAAAAAAGUGAACAAUAUCUAUAAUUUUCCACUUCUCGUCAUAAAAGAAGUCUGUGGAUAUCUUGAAAUCGUUUGUGUUAGAAUCUUGGUUGAUCAUUACGUAAGUUAUCCAAAACUACUUUCCUCUACGAGGAAAGCGACUCAUAACGUGAUGGAGAAAAUGAAGCUUGAGUUUUCAAAAAGAGUUGUUGAGAUGAUGGAGAUGGAGAAGACCACAGAUUAUACAUGUGACCCUGAUUUUAUGCUUCUUGGAACAAGUUAA